AUGAAGGAUGCGAUAUGGGAGCCUCCUACUAACGCGGAUGGGGGAGGAGGAGGUGCGGGGGGUGGGGGAGGAGGUGGAGGAGGAGGAGAGGGAGGGGAGAGUGGUCUAGGGGAGCUCAGUAUAGAAGAGUUUGCAGCUAUGGAGGAGGAUGCAGGAGGUGCGGAGGAUGCCGGACCUCCGGAUGAGGUUCGGCAGGCACAGCAGCAGCUGGAUCGGUGCUUCAGACUGGUUGAAACGGCUGUGGGCUUACUAACGAGAGCUGGAGAAAAGGCUGAAGGGGGGGAGGCUGUAUCAGCUGAAAGGCAGACCAACGGGGUGUCUCUAGGGCAUCUCUCUGAAAGGCAGCUCUCUGUAAAGGAGCUAUCUGUAAGGGAGCAAUCUGAGAGGCUCAGGCUAUGUACAGAGCUGGUGGAUGGAGCAUUGAAGGACGUCCUAGUGUUUCUGCAGCUGGCCCAGCAGCGGGAGUGGUGGUGUGGGGAGGCGGUGGUGGCGUGUGUGCGCGUGGCGGGGGCGUGCCUGGCUGCUGCGCCCUCGGCUCACAGGAAGAGAGCUGGGCGGCUGCUGGGGUUCCUGCUAGCAGUCACAGGCGCGCAGGAGGAGAGGCCACUCCUAGCUGUGCAGUACAUGCUGCCUGCGUUGGUGCACAUCACCAGUGAGCCACGUGGCUGCACAUCAUUGGUCAAGAGAGGAGGCCACAUCCACCUCAUAGACUACAUGGUGGAAACAGCGCGCACCAACAUGCACCACCAGCUGCGGUCGGGACCCGAGGGGCAGACAAGCCUCAUGCAGGCUGCUGACGUCAUCCUCAACAUCCUUGCAUGUCGGAAGCAAAUGCGAGUGCCCUUGGAUCCACACGACUUUGUGUCGCUGCUGCCUGCCAUGGCUGGAUGGAGCAGCGUCAAAGGCAACGACCCCCGCACCACAUACAAGACCCUGGCGCUAGCAGCAUGCGUAAACGCGUCGAUUCUCGAGCUCUCGUGUGAGGAUGUGGUGAAGAAGCGACUAGACCUGGCGACCUACAAGAAGCUGCCCAACUCGUUUGGCGUCAUUGUCAAGUUUCUGGAGUUCGGCCACCGGAAUAGCGGAUCAUUCAGUAGCGAGACGGAAAUCAAGGAACUCUGGGACAUCACUGUUGCAUCAUGCACGGAGUGCCUGCCCCUGUGGCCCCAGCUGAAGCGAGCCAUGGUCAAGUCGGAGUAUUGGGGCAAGGUGUCGCGAAACAAGCUGGUAACUCGGGAGCGUUUGAACCAGGUGUGCAAGGAUGCGAGGCUGAGGGAGCUGCUGGCAGUGGUGGCCUUCAGCCCAUGA